UAAAGGAAGUGGCCAACAAAAAGUUGUGAUACUAGCCGAUUUAGUGAAAGGCAUCAUGAAAGAGAGAUAGGUCGUGUUUUAUGGUCUUAAAACACAAACAAUUGAUGCUACGCACCACAAAAACAAGUUAACUGCUGAUCUUGAUCUUUCUGAUGCCGCUUUGAGAGACAUACGAGCAACCAUGAACGAAGAUUGUUUUAACCGAGCACCCGGAGCAGAGAGGUCCCGACAUUUUCCCGCGGACCCCGGGCUUGUGGGGUCCACCGGCAAUGGAGACCCCAAAGCCCCGCUUUUCAACCAAAGGGAGCCGUUGAGACAGCCGCGAACAUCCCCGCCUUAUUCUGAAAACAGCACAAGCGCGGCCGACGCCAUGGUUGCUGGAGAUUUUAAAAGACCGAGCAAACACCAACCAAGUGCAAAUGCCAACAGUGCGUCUGCCUCCAGAGGUUUUAAUGAAGCAGAUUCUUUGGUCCAGUCGUCAAAGCUUUCAGCGAGUGCCCCAGAGUUUUUCCCUUCUGGAAUGAACUCCUGUGAAGACCCCUCUUUUUCUGAUGACAGCACAAGCUAUUAUGAGGAACAAACCUUGGCUGAGACGGUGACAGACUUCCUGGCCCACCUGAGCUCCUCACCAGGCUCCUUUGAGUCUGACGUUGAACAGAUAACGGCGAUGCUCAAUUCCUGGGUCACUACUGAGGAGCUGCUGAAUGAGCUGGUGGAGCUGAUUUACACACAGUCUACUGCCAUUCCGAACUUCUCGUACACGGGCGCCCGGCUCUGUAACUACCUGUCUCAUCAUCUCACCGUCAGCCCUCCAAGUGGCAACUUUCGUCAGCUGCUCCUAAAAAGGUGUCGGACAGAGUAUGAACAGAGGGAUGGAGCUGUACAAGGAGACAAAGAGACUCAGAAGAAGUUCCACUCCUAUGUGCUCUUCCUGGGAGAGCUCUAUCUCAGCCUCGAGGUCAGACAUUGUCUUCGAAGCCACAUUACAUAAGCAUUCCUUAAGUCGUCAGCUUU